AUGGAUACAAAUAAAGAAACUGUUCAAAAGAAGAGAUGUCUAAUACCUUUAAACAUAAAACACAAAUGCACAUACACUGAAGAUGGAGAAGCAUCUUUAAAUUUUGUAGCCAAUGCGAUUUGCUAUCUCAAUACUGAAGUGGCUUCAUGCAAAUUAAUGUUGAGAAAAAUAGAUAAAAAUCUGGAAAGUUUUAUGGAAACUGUACCAGAAACACCGAAGAGACUGGAAAUUAACAAGUCUUCUAUCUUGGAUGAGUUUCCACUAAAAAAUCUAGACGAUUUACACGCAAUGGAAAAGAAGCUGAAACAAGACACUACUUUUCAGUCAGAAGUUGUCAAUGCUCUACAUUUGCAUAUUUCGGGUGACUCCGAUAAAAAACAAGUAACUUCGAUACUCCGCGCGGUUCUCGAUGACAAUUUGGCAAGUUUCUUCAACUGGAAAGGACAAAGAGGAACUAAACAAAAAAUGUCUACUCGUCGAAUUGCAACAACAAUGAUCGGUAAAAUAUAUUGUAUUAUUUCAUAGUUAGGACUUAUUCUGAUAAAUUAAGAGUGCUAGGGAGUCAAAUAGCUGGAAAUACACAAUUCUUUAUAAAUUAAUUGCAAAGAAAUGAACGCAAGCCUCGAUUUUUCCUAUGAUACCCAAUGCAAUCACUAAUCAAUUUAAUAACGGUAAUGUUCCUUACGAACUACAAAUUCGUUCCAAUACGAUCGUGUCAAAUUUAGGAAAAUAUAAAUUAUUAAGUUCAUCCAAUAUAGAACCAGAACAUAUUCAGUUUUCCGAUUUCUUAAACACGUCAACACGUGUUAGUAAGUUUUGCAGGAUUAUCAAUUUAUUACAUAAUAAUUUAUUUAUGCUAUAAUAAUGCAU